AUGUUUGGCAACCGCGUGGGUUUCGUGAAACUCAAGUCGGAAGUCAAAGACCGAGACGGCGACUCGCUUGCUGGAAUUUGCUUCCUGCGUGGUGGUUCCGUUGCCGUCCUGGUUAUUCUGGAGUGUGCGGAAACUGGACUGGAACACUGCUUGCAGGUGCAGAUUGAUAACGUCUGCACUGCGCAGCCGAGGCAUAUGGCCCUUCCGGCAGGCAUGCUGGAUGGGAACGGUGAUUUCACCGGUGCGAUGGCCCGCGAGAUGGAGGAGGAGACCGGCAUAAAAUGUCAUGCUGCAAAUUUGAUCGACAUGACCGCCCUUGCCUAUGGUGACAAGUUCGAGGGCAUGUACCCUUCGGUUGGUGCUUGUGAUGAGUUCAUCCGCCUUUUCCUGUUCAGGAAGGUCAUGCCUCCUGGCUGCAGAGCUUGUUCUCGUGAGAAUGUGCCGCCCAAGUGA